AUGGCUGAGUACUGGUAUAACACUUCACUUCACUCAGCCAUACAGACCACCCCCAAUGAAGCAUUAUAUGGUGGACCACCUCCCUUACAUUUACCCUACUUGCCAGAGGAGUCAGCUGCAACUGAAGUUGAUAACACCUUGAUCAACAGGGAACUAAAACUGCAUCUGCAACAUAGAAUGAAGCAACAAGCAGAUUCCCACAAAAGUGAUCGACAAUUUAAUGUUGGUGAUUGGGUCUAUCUAAAAGUCCACCCCUAUAAGAAAGUGGCUAUAUCCAACCAUUCAUCCCACAAAUUAGCUUCUAAAUACUAUGGCCCUUUUCAGAUUCUUAAACGAAUGGGUUCAGUUGCCUACACUUUAUUACUUCCUGCUAGAGUUAAGAUUCACCCCACAGUGCAUGUUUCACUGUUGAUAAAAUACUAUGAAGUUCCAUCUCAGAUUUCUUAUCCCCCGGUUAUUGAUUUGGCGAGCGCUUAUUGUCCUGAUCCUGAAUUAAUCUUAUAA